CUGUGCUGCCGCUCACAGACAGAUGUGCACGGCGACUGCGGGGAAGCGCCUCCAUCUCAGCAGCGAGAGCCUGCAGUAUGUAGGAAGAUGGGAAGAGUGACUUUCGAGCAGCAUCUCCUCUCUGAUGACUUGAUAUCUACACCAGGAAGCUGAGAUCACGCAGUUUAACACACAAAACUGCGCGGAGUCGCACUUUUCUCGGGUUGAGGGAAAGAUGGGAGGGAGAUUAUCGUGUGUCAUAACACUGGACUUUAAAAAUAAUACGUAGCUUCACGCAGUAUGUCACCACAUUUCCUCUGCUGCGAUCUGUGCUGUCCGGCGGAACACGGGACUAAAGCGAAGGGCUUCUGAAUCAUGGCAGCAAAAGAGGAUCUUCAGAGCAAAGUGACUCCGCGGAGGCUGAGGCACAGCCGGCCGGGCGCAGUUAAGCAGGGACCUAAUCUGGACGUGCUUCUCUCAAUGGGUUUCCCCAAAACCAAGGCGUACAGCCCUGAGCUGCAGAGCCCCACACCACCCCCAAGGCUGAAAGCGCUGGUGUCAACAGGAGGAAGGAGUGUGCAAGCAGCUUGUGACUGGCUCUUCUCCCAUGUGGACGACCCCUUCCUCGAUGAGCCCCUUCCCCGGGAGUUUGUGUUGUACCUGCGCCCCAGCGGCCCUCUGCUGCACCAGCUCUCGCACUUCUGGCAGCAGUCACGCCUCAUCUGUGGGAAGAACAAGGCCCACAACAUCUUCCCCCACAUCACACUCUGUCAGUUCUUCAUGUGUGCAGAUAGCAAGGUGGAGCCCCUUUGUGAAGCUCUGGAGUCCGUGGUGAGUCAGUGGAGAGGCCGCUUCCCCAGCCCGCUGCCCCUGGAGCUCUACACCUCCUCCAGCUUCAUCGGCCUCUUUGUGGAGGAGCAGGUCGCGGAGCUUCUGAAGAAGUUUGCUGCAGAUUUUGCCACGGAAGCUGCUGCACAAGCAGAUGUCCAUGUAGAACCCCAUAAGAAACAGCUCCAUGUCACCUUGGCCUACCAGUUCCAGACCAAUCACCUCUCUUCACUGGAGAAGCUGGCCAAAGGAAUCGAAGUAUCACUUGGCUGUGACUGGCUUGCUGUUCUCUUCUCCCGAGAUAUACGAUUUGCCAACCAUGAGACCCUACGGGUUAUGUACCCCUACGUGCCUCAGAAUGAAGACGAGCUGGAGCUGGUGCCUGGUGAUUACAUCUUUGUGCUGCCUGUAGAGCAAGGCAGCACCAGUGAGGGCUGGAUCUAUGGCACCUCCCUUGGCACCGGCCUGUCUGGCCUGUUGCCUGAGAACUAUGUGGACCAGGCUGACGAGUCAGACACCUGGGUCUUCCAUGGGUCUCACUCCUUUCUCAGCUGUAACCCCCCAGCAGGCAUGGUGGCUCUGGUCAACAAAGCUGCAGAUGGGCUGCUGGACGGCCCCUUCAUCGGCGACUCGAGUGCCAUGGGCCAGGCCCCCCUCGGCGUUGUCUGCCAGCCCAUGCAGGUACUGCGGGUCUUCGGCCAGACCAAACCGCCCAAGAGGACUCUCUUCGUUUGUCGCCAUGGUGAGCGGAUGGACGUGGUGUUUGGGAAACACUGGCUCUCCCAGUGCCUGGAUGCCAAAGGGCGCUAUGUCCGCACCAACCUGAACAUGCCGACGAGCCUCCUGCCACGCAGUGGAGGAUAUCGCGACUAUGAGAAGGAUGCCCCCCUCACUGUGUUUGGGUCAACCCAGGCCCGGCUUGUGGGGGAGGCUUUAUUAGAGAGUAACACUACAGUUGACUUUGUGUACUGCUCACCGUCCCUGCGAUGCGUGCAGACGGCCCACAACAUACUCAAAGGUCUGCAGCAGGAAGGCAGAAGGAAGAUUCGAAUUGAGCCGGGGCUUUUUGAGUGGACGAGGUGGGUGUCCGGACCCUCACUGCCUGCCUGGAUCCCUCCCACAGACCUGGCCGCAGCCAACCUGAGUGUCGACACCACGUACAGACCUCAUAUUCCUGUUAGCAAGCUGACUGUGUCUGAACUGUACGACACCUACAUCAGCCGGAGCUUCCAGGUGACCGAGGACAUCCUCACAGACUGCCUGAACAUGGGAAACACCAUCCUAAUUGUGGCGCACGCUUCUUCCCUCGAGGCCUGCACUCGACAGAUCCAGGGUCUUAGUCCGCAGAACGCUAAGGACUUUGUGCAAGUGGUGCGAAAGAUCCCCUACCUGGGCUUCUGUGCCUGUGAGGAGGGGGACACCGGCCUCUGGCAGCUGGUGGAGCCCCCCGUCCUGCCGCUCACGCACGGACCCAAUCAUAGCUUCAACUGGAGGGAGACCCUGCUGCAGGACUGAGGGAGCUAGUCUGUCCAAAUCUCCACCCCAGAACACCCCAGGGACCUUGUCUCCUCGGUACAGAUGUGUUCUUCAGGGAGGUGGCAAGAGUCUACUCUGACUCUUGCUCCAGGCUCGGGGCCAGAGAUGGGCCCCGUCACAACUCAGAGUGAAGCUGCAUUGCAGGAAACAUUUCGUGGGAGAAUCCAGUAAUGGAUUUCAUGCCUUAUUUUAAAAAAUCCCAGAUGCACCUGUGCUCCAACAAGCUGCAUUUGUAGCCCAAAUGACUCAUAUAUAGGCAUAUAUAUUUAUAUACUUGUCAGACUGAUGUGACAUAUUUUACAGUCAUUGAUUCGGGGGCAGCGGUUGGUUGUUGGUUUUCAAGGCAUGUGUUUUGGACUAAGCCGUGUCUCACCUGAGCGAGUUAUUCAUGUGCUUUUCCUGAUCACCAUCGCUCUGCGAGUUAUUCAUGUGCUCUUCCUGAUCACCAUCGCUCAGCGAGUUAUUCAUGUGCUUUUCCUGAUCACCAUCGCUCAGCGAGUUAUUCAUGUGCUCUUCCUGAUCACCAUCGCUCUGCGAGUUAUUCAUGUGCUCUUCCUGAUCACCAUCGCUCAGCGAGUUAUUCAUGUGCUCUUCCUGAUCACCAUCGCUCAGCGAGUUAUUCAUGUGCUUUUCCUGAUCACCAUCGCUCUGCAAGUUAUUCAUGUGCUCUUCCUGAUCACCAUCGCUCAGCGAGUUAUUCAUGUGCUUUUCCUGAUCACCAUCGCUCUGCGAGUUAUUCAUGUGCUCUUCCUGAUCACCGUCGCUCAGCGAGUUAUUCAUGUGCUCUUCCUGAUCACCAUCGCUCUGCGAGUUAUUUAUGUGCUCUUCCUGAUCACCAUCGCUCAGCGAGUUAUUCAUGUGCUCUUCCUGAUCACCGUCGCUCAGCGAGUUAUUCAUGUGCUCUUCCUGAUCACCGUCGCUCAGCGAGUUAUUCAUGUGCUUUUCCUGAUCACCAUCGCUCUGCGAGUUAUUCAUGUGCUCUUCCUGAUCACCAUCGCUCAGCGAGUUAUUCAUGUGCUCUUCCUGAUCACCAUCGCUUAGUGAGUGUUGAUGCGAAACCCAAGUUCUGUGUGGGAUGAGAAUACGUAUACUUCCGGUCCUGCUGGGCUGUUCCAGCAGGCUAAAUCUAAUUUAACCAGUGUGCUCCUUCUGCUCCUACGUUAUUAUAUUCUGCUGCUAUACAUCUUUCAUUAAGCAAUGUGUUCAAAGGCACAAAAAUUUCUUUGGGUUUUGGGGUUCAUAAGCAUGACCUCCUAACCAAGAUGUGAAUUCCCUGCAUACUGUUGAAUAUCGUGUCUAUGCCCUUUCAAACCCUAGUCUAAAAAAUGCAGUACAGUGACACAAUGAGCAUGAUGAAAAAUGAGUAUUUGCAGGGAAAUUCUACACCACAUUCCCCUCACAUUAAAUCUCAGGGUCUGAUAGGAUGAAUCUCAUCUUUAGCAGAGUUGAACUCUGAUGUUUUUUGCACAAAGGAUAACUUAAUACAUUAGGCGAUUAACAACUGAAAAUGCACAUAUACAGGUAUAUCAUUUCUAUAACGUAGCAGAAAUUGUGACACCUCGAAAAUUUUCUAUUGGAUUAAUUUUUAGGCCAGUUCACAAAUCAUUUUUACUCUCUCCCCAUACAUGGAUUUUUAAUCUUUCAUGUUUAGGCUAUUUUAUUGACAUUGAAAUUCGGGAGAAUGUGAGUAUUAUGUUCAAUUUGUUCAAAUUAUGUUCACUUUUUUCUGAAGUGUCUGUGUUUUACCAUAAAGAUAAGUUUGAAUUUUUCUUUUUUCAUCAUUUCGACCAUGAGAACCAUUUAUUGCUUUAUUAACGUAAGUGAUGGACUUUGCAGUGCAGUAUUUAUGUCUAGCGUCUGGGAUCAAAUUUUAUACACCCAAAUCACUGGUGAUGCAUUGCUGUACCCGGAAAAGAGUGUCAGAUGAAUUACCUGGUCUAAGUAAACAUCUCAAAAUGAAUCACAUUUAUUGUACAUUUUGUCCUCAUAUGUAAUGUUUGAAGCAUAGCAAACAUUCGAGAGCUUUGCUGGUUUUUUUUAUUCAUGUUUGAUACUUUAAUUUUGUCUGUAUAUGUAUAAAAAAAGUGUCAUCAACCUUUGCACAAAAUGUCAGGCACACAAAAUCAUUCGAUAUAAUGCACUGAGAUUUGAUCUUUGCUCAUUUUCUCUCAGCUGAGUCAUCUGGCAUUUUACUUUCUAUGCUUUUGCCCAAUUACAAUACUAAUAUUAAUACUAAUAUUUUCAGCAAAAUUUGUGCAGACAUUUUAUCCCCCAGGUUACAGUGCAGGCCAAUGACACAUAAUUCACAAGCCAUAUAAAAUGACAUUAAUAAAGUUCAUCUUAAAAUAUGAUGAAUGCUAGAGAUAUUCAUUUAUUGUUAGUGUGUUGUUAAUGUAUUAUAAUACACAGUCUGUAAUUAAGUGUUUUAUAUUUUAAAAACAUUAAGUCCGACUUUGCUCAUGGAACUUAAAAGGAAGUCAGAAGUUGUGACCAAAGUUCAUUGUUCUGUUUAUACUAGUCAAUCUUCUUUUAGUCAUCUAGUCAUCUAAAUAUUUGUUUCAGAACUGUGGGAAUUAUUGCUUGUAUAAGAUUGUUUUGAUUAAAUAAAUUAAAAGUAAAGAAAUUAGAGAAUGAAUGGGAGAAAGAAAUUAUUACAGGAAGCCUGGUGCUUUACUGUCCUAAAUGGCCGUUCAUGCGUUUGAGUGGAUGGACCGUAGUGUUAAAAAAAUACAACCUGUUUUCUGUAAGCAAGCUCCAAAUACUUGAAGAAACAACACAUCUUUCUAUUUAAUUAUUUUUAUGCAUAGACAGAUGUGGCUGUGUUGAGCGCAUGUGUCAUAUUUUGUUACACAUGAUUGCCACAGUAUUUGAUUCUUUAAAUAACUCACUGCUUCAGAAAUAUAUAAAUUAUGUUUGCAAAUAAAUGUUUUAUUACCUGAA